GAUGGGCGUGGUAACGGCGUUCGGUCCUAGAGUCGGUGGGUCGGUGCGGGCCGUAGCUGCGGGACCGGGAGGGAAGCACUGGAGGAGGUGAGGCAGAAACCGAAGUUAGGAGGAUCGGGGAAGAGUGACCACAGCUUCGGACGUAGGGAGGGCCCACGGAGGAGGCUGUCAAAGAACCAGGGCCGGUUCCCGUACUGCGGAGGGAGCCGGCCUGGGGAAGAGGCUGACGAAGCUGCCAGGACAGACGUGGAGGUGGCGGCUGCUGCUGCUGCUGCAGGUAAAGUCAAGACCGCUACGGAUACCUGUCCUUUCUGCAUCCCAAAUCACUAAAGAGAGCCGGAUUUGUGCUGUGUAUGGAGAGAGUCGCAGUGUCUCACGGCCGCCACCUGGUUCACUCUGCACAAGAUUCCUGUCUGACGUGAGAUUAGUAAAGCAGACAUGUUCCGGAACAGUCUGAAGAUGCUUCUAAGCGGUGGAAAAUCGAACAGGAAAAAUCGGUCUAGUGAUGGGGGGAAUGAGGAGCCACAGGAUCGGAGGCAGCACAGUGUAGACUCCCGCCACGGCCGUGCUUCACAAGGUGGCUCCUCAUCUGAGAACGACUGUGCGUUUGAGCCGGAUUACUCCAUCACACCCCUCCCUGUGACCGAGGGAAUGCAGCAUAUACGCAUGAUGGAGGGCAUGUCCCGCUCGCUGCCCUCUUCCCCCCUUCUUACCCACCAAGCCAUCAGUGUGCGACUGCAGCCUGUCAAGAAACUAACUGCCCCACUGAGGAAAGCAAAGUUUGUGGAGAGUCCCAGAAUUCCAGAAUCUGAUUUAGGCUCUCCGACCCUUGGCUCGUCCCAGAAACUGGACGCGGAUGCAUAUCUGUUGGGGGAAGAGGAGUCUGUCUUGGGCCCUCCUCCAUCCGUUGAUGAAGCAGCCAACACCCUCAUGACCCGACUGGGCUUUCUCCUGGGAGAAAAAGUCAGCGAGGUCCAAGCUGCCAGUCCCCAGUACACUAUGGAGGGGCAAGAAGAGAACCAGGGCUCUGCGGCAACUCAGCGGAUCAGUCCCUGCUCCACUCUGACAAGUAGUACAGCUUCUCCUCCUGCCAGCAGUCCUUGCUCCACCCUCCCUCCACCAAGUACUACUGUCCCCACAAAGGACUGCAGCCCCACAUCCACCCUAGAGAGCAGGGACAGCGGCAUUAUUGCCACACUGACCAGCUACUCGGAGAAUAUGGACCGUUCCAAGUAUGGUGCAGACAGCAGCAAGGAGCUUGGCUCUCGUGGAUCUGUUAAGCAGGCCCAGAAGUCCAUGGAUUCCAGUCUGUACCGGGUGGAUGAGAAUUUAAUGGCCUCUACUUUCAGCUUAAACAAGAUCCCCGAGAGGGGACUGGACUCGGGACUCUCUCAAUCUGUGCAGUCCAUCCCACUCUACCUCAUGCCCCGCCCCAACUCUGUCGCAGCCACCAGCUCUGCACACUUGGAAGAUCUUGCAUACUUGGAUGAACAGAGACACACACCCCUGCGUACCUCCUUACGAAUGCCACGACAGACUCUGGCUGGACCACGCACCCCACAGGAUCUACGAGUUCGCUUUGCUCCUUACCGGCCCCCGGAUAUCUCCCUGAAGCCCCUUCUGUUUGAGGUGCCAAGCAUCACCACAGACACCACCUUUGUUGGCCGGGACUGGCUUUUCCAUGAGAUAGAUGCACAGCUGCAGAGUGAUGAUGAGACUGUGAAUCGAGGAGUGGUGAUCUGUGGCAACAUUGGCUUUGGGAAAACCGCCAUUAUCUCCCGGCUGGUAUCCCUUAGUUGUCAUGGGACCCGUAUGAGACAGAUUACAUCUGACAGCCCUCAUGCCUCUCCUAAGCAUUCAGAGGCUAACCGUGAACUUACACAGCCAGGACAGGCUCAUUCUGGUAUCACUGGCGGGAGUUGUCCAGGAACACCUGAAAUGCGUAGAAGGCAAGAAGAAGCUAUGAGGAGGAUAGCUGCGCAGGUGGUGGCAUAUCACUACUGUCAGGCUGAUAACGCAUACACAUGCCUAGUGCCUGAGUUUGUUCACAAUGUGGCUGCCCUGCUGUGUCGUGCUCCCCAGCUUGUAUCUUAUCGGGAGCAGCUCCUGCGUGAACCACACCUACAGAGUCUACUUAGCUUGCGGUCCUGUGUACAGGACCCAGCUGCAUCUUUCCGAAGGGGGGUUCUUGAGCCACUAGAGAACUUGUACAAAGAGAGAAAGAUACCAGAUGAGGAUUAUAUUAUACUGAUAGAUGGACUGAAUGAGGCGGAGUUCCACAAGCCAGACUAUGGAGACACCAUAGUGUCCUUUCUCAGCAAGAUGAUAGGAAAGCUCCCCCAUUGGUUGAAGCUUAUUGUUACUGUGAGGACCACCCUGCAGGAAAUAACCAAGCUUCUUCCAUUCCACCGAAUUUUUCUGGAUCGACUGGAAGAAAAUGAGGCCAUAGAUCAGGACCUUCAGGCAUACAUCUUGCAACGCAUCCACAGCAGCUCUGAAAUUCAGAAUAAUAUAUCCCUCAAUGGAAAGAUGGACAACACCACAUUUGGAAAACUCAGUUCUCAUCUAAAGACAUUGAGCCAAGGCUCCUAUCUGUACCUGAAGCUUACAUUUGACCUUAUAGAGAAGGGCUACCUAGUACUCAAGAGCUCCAGUUACAAAGUGGUUCCUGUGUCCCUGUCUGAGGUCUACCUACUACAAUGUAACAUGAGAUUCCCUACGCAAUCCUCCUUUGAGAGGGCCCUGCCUCUCCUUAAUGUUGCUGUAGCCUCUCUUCAUCCAUUGACAGAUGAGCACAUCUUCCAGUCCAUCAAUGCAGGCAGCGUGGAUGGAGGUCUCGAGUGGGAGGAUUUCCAGCAACGUAUGGAGAAUCUUUCUAUGUUCCUGAUUAAGAGGCGGGACCUGACUCGAAUGUUCGUACAUCCAUCCUUCAGGGAGUGGUUAAUUUGGAGAGAGGAUGGGGAGAAAACAAAAUUUCUCUGUGAUCCAAGGAGCGGACAUAUCCUGCUGGCUUUCUGGUUCUCUCGUCAGGAGGGGAAGCUGAACAGACAACAGACCAUAGAGCUUGGACACCACAUACUGAAAGCACAUAUCUUUAAGGGUCUCAGUAAAAAGGUUGGCGUUUCCUCGUCCAUCUUGCAAGCACUGUGGAUUUCCUACAGCACAGAUGGCCUCUCUAUGGCACUUGCAUCCCUCCGAAAUCUCUACACUCCUAACACAAAGGUGAGCCGGCUCCUAAUCAUGGGUGGAGCCAAUGUAAAUUACCGCACUGAGGUUCUGAACAACGCGCCUAUCCUGUGUGUUCAAGCGCAUCUGGGAUACACUGAGAUGGUGGCACUGCUCCUAGAGUUUUCCGUCAAUGUAGAUGCAAGCUCAGAGAGUGGCAUGACCCCUCUAGGUUAUGCUGCGGCUUCAGGUCACCUGACCAUUGUCAUUCUUCUUUGUAAGAGGAGAGCCAAGGUGGACCUCCUUGAUAAGAACGGGCAAUGCGCACUAGUCCAUGCUGCUCUGCGAGGCCACCUGGAGGUAGUAAAAUACCUCAUCCAGUGGGACUGGACUAUGGCUGGGCAGCAGCCUGGAGUCCUAAAGAAGAGUCAAGCCAUCCAGCAAGCCCUGAUUGCAGCAGCCAGCAUGGGAUACUCAGAGAUUGUCUCCUACCUCUUGGAUCUACCAGAGAAGGAUGAGGAAGAGGAACAGAGAGCUCAGAUCAACAGCUUUGACGGAUUGUGGGGAGAGACAGCACUGACAGCUGCUGCGGGUCGUGGGAAGCUUGAUGUUUGCCGCCUACUCCUGGAGCAGGGUGCUGCUGUAUCUCAGCCUAACCGAAGAGGCGUUGUCCCAAUAUUCAGUGCUGUAAGACAAGGGCACUGGCAGAUCGUAGACCUACUACUUACACAUGGUGCAGAUGUUAACAUGGCAGAUAAGCAGGGUCGUACUCCAUUAAUGACUGCAGCAUCUGAAGGGCAUGUAGCCACUGUCGAGUUUCUGCUGGCACAAGGAGCUUCCAUUGGCCUCAUGGACAAGGAGGGACUGACUUCUCUAAGCUGGGCCUGUCUGAAGGGGCACCUCGCUGUGGUGAGGUCACUGGUGGAAAGCGGGGCUGCCACUGACCAUGCUGACAAAAAUGGACGUACACCACUGGACCUCGCAGCCUUUUAUGGAGACGCUGAGGUGGUCCAGUUCCUGGUGGACCAUGGUGCAAUGAUAGAACACGUGGAUUAUAGUGGAAUGCGCCCAUUAGACAGAGCCGUAGGCUGCAGGAACACUUCUGUUGUGGUGGCUCUUUUGAAGAAAGGCGCCAAAAUAGGCUGUCAGACCUUACCAAGCCGCCCAAAAGGUCCAGCCACCUGGGCCAUGGCAACGUCCAAACCAGACAUCAUGGUCAUUCUGCUGAGUAAACUGAUGGAGGAGGGAGACAUGUUCUACAAGAAAGGGAAGGUAAAAGAAGCCGCACAGAGAUACCAAUACGCUAUGAAGAAGUUUCCUCGUGAGGGAUUCGGAGAGGAUCUAAAGACCUUUCGAGAACUGAAGGUGUCACUUUUACUCAACCUGUCCCGCUGUCGCCGGAAGAUGAAUGACUUUGGAAUGGCAGAGGAAUUUGCAACAAAGGCUCUGGAGCUGAAACCAAAAUCAUAUGAGGCAUUCUAUGCCCGAGCCAGAGCCAAGCGGAGUAGCAGACAGUUUUCCGCAGCUUUGGAAGACCUGAAUGAGGCUGUCCAGCUAUGCCCUAACAAUCGUGAGAUCCAGCGACUUCUAAUGAGGGUGGAAGAGGAAUGCAGGCAAAUCCAGCAAGAAGAAGAAGUUCAGGAGAUGCAGGAUGAGCCUGAAGCAGAAGUUCAAAAUGAGGACAUUGACUCCACACAGGAAGACAUCUAUGAGGAAGAGUACCUUGAGCAAGAUAUUGAUAAUGUUCCUGUAGGAUUACAAACUGAAGGACGCCAAUGUCAGGGCCUUCCAGGCAUGCAGAGUCCACCCCAAUCUCCUGCCCAUCGGGACUCUGCAUACAUGUCAGGCUCACACCAAGUAUUUGACUUUAGAUCUAAUAGCUCAGUUGGCUCCCCUACUCGGCAAAAUUACCAAUCCACUUCUCCACCCCUCUCUCCAACACAUCAGAACUCUCACUAUCGUUCUAGUCCUCCCCAAACAUCUCCUGCUCACCAGAGCUCUUCCUACCACUUUAGUCCGCCUCCUGUGGGGGGUCAGGUAAUGGACUACCCCAGCCCACCUCCAUCACCGUUACGAAGAGCCCCCCAGUAUAGAGCUAGCCCUCCAAGUGAAAGUAUUGGCAUGUAUCGUCAACAGUCUGGUUCACCAGUGAGGUACCAGCAAGAGCCAUGUGUGAACCAGCAUCCCGGAAGACCCAAGUCUCCACUGUCCAAGAUAUCACAGAGGUCUUUCCAAAUUUCACAGCUUCCCACUGCAGUUCCACAACCUGCACACAGAUUACAGCCAGCCAAGGCACAAAUUGUACGCAGCAAUCAGCCCAGCUCUGCAGUGCACUCCAGUGCAGUGAUUCCUGGAGGUACGUAUGGGCAGGUAGCACAUGGUAUGGCAAGUAAAUACCAGACAUCCUCUGGAGAAAUGAGUCAAAGCCGAUUAGUAUAUCAAGCUUCCCUUGGUGGUCUUAUAGCUGAUGGACGCCCAGUGCAGCAUGUGCAGGCCAGUUUGAGUGCAGGAGCCAUCUGUCAGCAUGGUGGCCUUGUCAAGGAAGACAUACCCCAGCGGCCAACCUCUGCCUAUAGGGGUGGUAUGAGGUACAACCAGACCCCACAAAUUGGCCGUAGUCAGUCUGCAUCUUACUAUCCUGUAUGUCACUCCAAGCUGGAGCUUGAGCGCACUUCUCUGCCCUCCAGCCAACUAGGUUCUCCAGAUGUUUCCCACCUCAUAAGGAGGCCCGUGAGUAUUAAUCCUAGUGAAAUCAAGCCUCACCCACCCACGCCAAGGCCACUGUUACACUCACAGAGUGUAGGACUUCGGUUUUCUCCAUCCAGCAACAGUAUUUCAUCCUCUUCCAGCCUUUCUGCCACUUUCCGACCAUCUGCUUCUAUUCAACAGAUGGAGAUCCCUCUGAAGCCAGCUUAUGAAAGACUCUGCGAUGAGCUAUCACCUGUUUCCCCACCCCAAGGAAGUUACCCCAGUGAGCCCACACGCUCCAGGACCACCCCCUUUAUGGGUAUAAUUGACAAGACAGCACGGACUCAGCAGUAUCCCCACCACCAUCCGCAGAGCAGGACAUGGGCUGUUUCUUCUGUUGACACUGUCCUCAGUCCCACAUCUCCUGGCAUCUUGCCCCAACAAGAAUCCUUCAGUCCUCCCUCUUCUAUCAGCAACAUUGCCUUUUAUAACAAAACCAACAAUGCACAGAAUGGGCAUCUGCUUGAAGACGACUACUAUGGCCCACAUGGUGUGCUAGCUAAUGGCUCUCGAGGGGACAUACUGGAGAGAGUCACACAGGCCUCCUCCUAUCCUGAUGUCAAAGUGGCCAGAACACUGCCUGUUGCACAGGCUUACCAGGACAACCUGUACAGACAACUGUCUCGGGACUCUCGGCAAGGCCAGACUUCACCCAUCAAACCAAAGAGACCAUUUGUGGAGUCCAAUGUGUAGGAAUAUAGACUCUCCCCCACCUAUUCCCCAAUUUCCCUAUAUUAUACCUUUCUUCGCUCUAUAGCUAUACCUCCCUAAAUUCUGGUGAUUAGCUACUCUUCCAGUCCCUGGCCCCUCCACUGUAGUGUUAUUCUAUACCAAUCUCUUUAGGCAGUCAGUCUUUUUGUGCAGUAGGGUUUUCAUGUAUACCUUUCAAACACUGACCAGUUAGUCAUGAGGUAUACCUACUCAACUGCCCAAUUUAAGUUGUAAUUGAGUCAUUGCACUUAGGCCACUAGGACAUCCAGUCAGCCCAUGGUCCUUCUUACUGUCCUAGGAUUUAAAAGGAGUGAGACUAUGUUUCCUCCAAGUGACAACAUUUCUGCAGGCAAUGUGCAUCGGUCUUAGUACCCUGCUCAGAGUUAGAAGACGGAACCCUACAUGUGAGAGCAGGGAUCAAACACUAAUACAAAUCUAAGGCCACUUGCAACACAAAAAAGUUCUGGAAACCUGUUAAAUAAAGGGCUGUCCAUUGUUACAUUAAAUACAAUCAAUAGACUUUUAAAUGUAUGUGUAUUCCAUGACACUGUCAUGUUUUAAACAUGUGGGCUCUUCUGAUAGCCCUUGUUUCACACACCGUAACACUUCAACAUUAACAUCCAUGAUUAGAAUAAAUAAUGUGGCCAAAGUAAAUAAUUAAAGUUAAAUGGAGCUACAGCAUACUGUACAGUCUUCUACCAAGUAAAUAUUUGUGCCCGUUUCCAAAUCAUGUGCCAAAGCCUGCUACUGUGAGACACCUCAGGAGGCCACUCGGAACUCAUUUUACUACAAAUGCGCUGUUGUUCAGCUAUCCCACGCAAUAAAAUUAAUGGGCUAAAACACACAGAGAGUACAAUACAGGUAGCAUUUUUGUUUAAUGAGUAUUAUUUUAAAUUUUUUAAAAGCAAAUAUAUUCUCCAGCAGUUGUAUCACAGUGGACUUGCUGAUGUGUCUUAUAAUUGGCGCAAUGCUGCAGGGUGGAAAACAUAAGACACAUGAUUUGGCUACAGUCAGAAAUAAUGGACAAAAUAUGUUACAUAUAAAGUAUAAUGGGUUAAUGCUGAAUAAACAUGUUUGCUCCCGUGUUUGAAAUACA